AUGCGUGGCUACUUGCAGGACAAGUUGGAGGAGGUAGAUGCAAGAGCUGUUCAUGGAGGAAAGUCUGCAGGGCCUGGAGAGCAGCUGGAUCCAGACACUUGUGGCUGGGUGACUGGUGGAGCAGUGGUGUUUGUUAUUCUUCAAGUGAAGUUUAGCAACUGCAAUGGAAAAAGAAAGGUACAGUACGAAAGCAGCGAGCCUGCAGAUUUCAAGGUGGAUGAAGAUGGCAUGGUCUAUGCCGUGAGAAGCUUUCCACUCUCUUCUGAGCACGCUAAAUUCCUGAUAUAUGCCCAAGACAAGGAGACCCAAGAGAAGUGGCAAGUGGCAGUCAAACUGAGUCUCAAGCCAACCUUAACCCAGGAGUUGGCAAAGGAGUCCCAUGAAAUUGAAGAGAUAGUAUUYCCAAGACAAUCCACCAAACACAGUGGAUACCUACAAAGGCAGAAGAGAGACUGGGUCAUCCCUCCCAUCAACUUGCCAGAAAAUUCCAGAGGACCUUUUCCUCAAGAGCUCGUCAGGAUCAGGUCUGAUAGGGAUAAAAACCUUUCACUGCGGUACAGUGUCACUGGGCCCGGAGCUGACCAACCUCCGACUGGCAUCUUCAUUAUCAACCCCAUCUCAGGUCAGCUGUCAGUGACAAAGCCACUGGAUUGUGAGCUGGUAGCCCAGUUUCAUUUGAGGGCACAUGCAGUAGAUAUUAAUGGCAAUCAAGUGGAGAACCCCAUUGAMAUUGUCAUCAAUGUUAUUGACAUGAAUGAUAACAGACCUGAGUUCUUGCACCAGGUGUGGAAUGGGACCGUUCCUGAGGGAUCAAAGCCUGGAACGUAUGUGAUGACCGUAACUGCUAUUGAUGCUGAUGAUCCAAAUGCUCUAAAUGGGAUGUUGAGGUACAGAAUUCUGUCCCAGGCUCCCAGCACCCCUUCACCCAACAUGUUCACAAUCAACAAUGAGACUGGCGAUAUCAUCACUGUGGCAGCUGGACUUGAUCGAGAAAAAGUGCAACAGUAUACAUUAAUAAUUCAAGCUACAGUUAUGGAAGGCAAUCCCACAUACGGUCUUUCAAACACAGCCAUGGCCGUCAUCACAGUGACAGAUGUCAAUGAMAAUCCUCCAGAGUUUACUGCCAUGACAUUCUAUGGUGAAGUACCUGAAAACAGGGUGGAUGUMAUUGUAGCUAAUUUAACUGUGACUGAUAAGGAUCAGCCCCAUACGCCAGCCUGGAAUGCAGUGUACAGAAUCAGUGGUGGAGAUCCUACCGGAAGUUUUGCCAUUCAGACCGACCCUAACAGCAACGACGGGUUAGUCACCGUGGUAAAACCAAUCGACUUUGAAACAAAUAGGAUGUUUGUCCUUACUGUUGCUGCAGAAAAUCAAGUGCCAUUAGCCAAAGGAAUCCAGCACCCACCUCAGUCCACCGCAACUGUGUCUGUCACAGUUAUCGAUGUAAAUGAAAACCCUUAUUUUGCCCCCAAUCCCAAGAUUAUUCGCCAAGAAGAAGGUCUUCACGCAGGUACCAUGUUGACAACAUUCACUGCUCAGGACCCAGAUCGAUAUAUGCAGCAGAAUAUUAGAUACAYAAAAUUAUCUGAUCCUGCCAAUUGGCUAAAAAUAGAUCCUGUGAAUGGCCAAAUCACUACAAUUGCUGUUUUGGACAGAGAAUCGCCAAAUGUGAAAAACAAUAUAUAUAAUGCUACUUUUCUUGCUUCUGACAUUGGAAUUCCUCCUAUGAGUGGAACAGGAACGCUGCAAAUCUAUUUACUUGAUAUUAWUGACAAUGCUCCUCAAGUGUUACCUCAAGAGGCAGAGACUUGUGAAACUCCAGACCCCAAUUCAAUUAACAUCACAGCACUUGAUUAUGACAUCGAUCCCAAUGCUGGACCACUUGCUUUUGAUCUUCCUUUAUCUCCUGUGACUAUUAAGAGAAAUUGGACCAUCACUCAACUUAAUGGUGAUUUUGCUCAGCUCAAUUUAAAGAUCAAAUUUCUUGAAGCUGGGAUCUAUGAAGUUCCCAUCAUAAUCACAGAUUCUGGUAAUCCUCCCAAGUCCAAUAUUUCCAUUCUCCGAGUGAAGGUUUGCCAGUGUGACUCAAAUGGAGACUGCACAGAUGUGGACCGGAUCGUGGGUGCAGGGCUUGGCACGGGGGCCAUCAUCGCCAUCCUGCUGUGUAUCAUCAUUCUCCUCAUCCUCGUUCUGAUGUUUGUGGUAUGGAUGAAACGCCGGGAUAAAGAACGCCAGGCCAAACAACUUUUAAUUGAUCCAGAGGAUGACGUAAGAGAUAAUAUUUUAAAAUAUGAUGAAGAAGGUGGAGGAGAAGAAGACCAGGACUAUGACUUGAGCCAACUCCAGCAGCCUGACACAGUGGAGCCUGAUGCCAUCAAGCCCGUGGGAAUCCGUCGGCUGGAUGAGAGACCCAUCCACGCUGAGCCACAGUAUCCAGUCCGAUCUGCAGCCCCACACCCUGGGGACAUCGGGGACUUCAUUAACGAGGGCCUUAAAGCUGCUGACAAUGAUCCCACAGCUCCGCCAUAUGACUCCCUCUUAGUCUUUGACUACGAAGGUAGUGGCUCCACUGCUGGGUCCUUGAGCUCCCUGAAUUCCUCAAGUAGUGGUGGAGAGCAGGACUAUGAUUACCUGAACGACUGGGGACCACGAUUCAAGAAACUCGCUGACAUGUACGGUGGAGGUGAUGACUGAACUUCAGGGUGAACUUGGUUUUUGGACAAGUACAAACAAUUUCAACUGAUAUUCCCAAAAAGCAUACAGAAGCUAGGCUUUAACUUUGUAGUCUACUAGCACAGUGCUUGCUGGAGGCUUUUGGCAUAGGCUGCAAACCAAUUUGGGCUCAGAGGGAAUAUCAGUGAUCCAAUACUGUUUGGAAAAACACUGAGCUCAGUUACACUUGAAUUUUACAGUACAGAAGCACUGGGAUUUUAUGUGCCUUUUUGUACCUUUUUCAGAUUGGAAUUAGUUUUAUGUUUAAGGCUUUAAUGGUACUGAUUUCUGAAACGAUAAGUAAAAGACAAAAUAUUUUGUGGUGGGAGCAGGAAGUUCAACCAUGAUAUGCUUCAACACGCUUUUGUUACAUUGCAUUUGCUUUUGUUAAAAUACAGAAUUAAACAAACAAAAAAAAAAACGAACUCAUGGAGCGAUCGAUUUUAUUAUCUUGGGGGAUGAGACCAUGAGAUUGGAAAAUGUAUAUUACUUCUAGUUUUAGACUUUAGAAUUUUUUUUUUCACUAAAAAUCUUAAAAACUUACGCAGCUGGUUGCAAAUAAAGGGAGUUUUCAUAUCACCAAUUUGUAGCAAAAUUGAAUUUUUUCAUAAACUAGAAUGUUAGACACAUUUUGGUCUUAAUCCAUGUACACUUUUUUUAUUUACUGUAUUUUUUCCACUUCACUGUAAAAAAUGGUAUGUGUACAUAAUGUUUUAUCGGCAUAGUCUAUGGAGAAGUGCAGAAACUUCAGAACAUGUGUAUGUAUUAUUUGGACAAUGAAUUCAGGUUUUUUGCAUGUUUAUAUCUUUCGUUAUGGAUAAAGUAUUUACAAACAAAGUGACAUUUGAUUCAAUUGUUGAGCUGUAGUUAGAAUACUCAAUUUUUAAUUUUUUAAUUUUUUUUUUAUUUUUUAUUUUCUUUUUUUGUUUUGGGGAGGGAGCAAAGUUCUUAGCACAAAUGUUUUACAUAAUUUGUACCAAAAACAAAAAAAAAAGGAAAGAAAAAGUAAAGAAAGGGGUGGCCUGACACUGGUAGCACUACUAAGUGUGUGUUUUUAAAAAAAAAAAAAUGAAAAAACAAAAAAAGCUUUUAAAACUGGAGAGACUUCUGACAACAGCUUUGCCUCUGUAUUGUGUACCAGAAUAUAAAUGAUACACCUCUGACCCCCAGCGUUCUGAAUAAAAUGCUAAUUUUGGA